GCGGGCUGCGUGGAUGGAUGAGGUCAGCGCCGUGGUGUCGGGGAAUGGAAUGUUGCAAGUGUAACAUUCAGAACCGGGUAACGUUCGACGGUCGGAACUCCGCGGUCGGCAACGUUCGGAGAGGCGGGGGAGGCGGCGGUCAGCCUCCCUCCCUCCCAGCCAGCCAGCCCCUUUCCCUCCCGGAGGGGGGGGCGCGCGCUCCUGUGCCAUCGCUGCUCGCUGAAAUGAAUGGUUGAGAGGGGCGGGGGCUAGGAGGAGGAGGAGGCGGCCGCGAAGGCAAAGGAAGGAGGAGGAGAAGGAGAAGAAGAAGAAGAAACAUCAGCAGCAGCAGAAGAGGCGGCGGCGGCGGGUCUUUUCUCUGGUUGGGGGAGAUCGCAGAGCAGCCUGGAAGAGAGACUUCCCUCUCCUCCCUUCUCCUCCUCCCCGCGGAGCCGCUGCAAGGAAAGAAAGCGAGAGAAAUGCAGGGAUUCGUCAGGUUACGGCGCUCGGGCUGGAAGAUGUGAGCCUCGGAUGGUGCUACGCCGCGAACCGGAGCCGGCUGCUUGCACAGGCUGCUGGUGAUAUAUACCGACUUGCUCGGAGAAAGCCGGGCGGCUCGGGGUGUGUUUGUGUGUGUCCGUCCGUCCGUCUGUCUCUCACCUCUCUCUCUCUCUCUCCUCCACCCCCCUCCCCCAGCGCCCCCCUUCCUAUUUUGUGUGUUAGGAAAAGACAUCCGAGGAAUGUUGUGUGUGAGUUGAAGUUGCUGCUUGCGGCUCUUGCACCUUGAUCAUCUGCAAGCACCGGCUCCCUAUGUGUGUGUGAGAAGAGAGGAAGAGAGAGCGAGAGGGCGGGACAGAUUUCUCAAUCUUGUAACAGCCGAUUUGAGGGCGAAAAGGGGGACCUGGGCUGGGUGGUUUCAUUUUCCCGGAGCGGGUGCCUUCUUCUCCCUCUCUCCUCCUUGCAAGAGAAUUCCUAGCCCCACGCUCCCUCCUUUCCUCCCCUCCAAAGCCGGGCUGGGCGUGAUUAUUCUCUGCCUGCCCCUGCUUCUCUUAGUCCCUCUCUCCUUCUCCUUCUUCUCCUCUCUGUCUUCCCCCUUCUCUCUCCCUUUCCCUUCUCUCUCGCUCUCCCUUCCCCCCUCCCUCCCCAAUCUCUAUUGUGCGAGCCAAAGAUGAAAGACCGGAGGGGAGAAAGUUAAAGAAAUCGCCCACAUGCGCUGCAUCAGUCCGAGGCUUUGGGAAAGGAAUAAAGAGGAGGUGGGAGAAGAGAGUUUAAAGUCUUUGCAGGCGGGAAGAUGGCGGACUCAAGCUGAAAGUGUCGACUGGCAAACUUGGGCGAUCUUUGUGUUUAUUUACAAUCCUCUCGACCCAGAUAGGACACAUGCAGGCCAAAAAACGCUACUUCAUCCUGCUCUCAGCUGGCACUUUCGUCGUCCUGCUGUUCUACUUGGGAGGCUUGCAGUUCAGAGCAUCCAGGAGCCAAAGCAGACGGGAGGCUCACAGUAGCAGGAAUGGCUUGCAGCACAGCGGCGGCCCCGAGCACUACUGGCCCCGAUUCCCGGACGCCCUGCGCCCCUUCGUCCCUUGGGAGCAGCUGGAGAACGAGGAGCACAACAUGCACACUUCCCCGCGGCAGAAGCGCGACGCCAACGCCAGCGUCUACAAGGGCAAGAAGUGCCGCAUGGAGUCCUGCUUCGACUUCGGCCUCUGCAAAAAGAACGGCUUCAAGGUGUACGUCUACCCUCAGCAGAAAGGGGAGAAGAUCGCCGAGAGUUACCAAAACAUCCUCGCCGCCAUCGAAGGCUCCCGGUUUUAUACUUCCGACCCCAGCCAAGCUUGCCUGUUCGUCCUCAGCCUGGAUACCUUAGACAGGGACCAGCUGUCCCCCCAGUAUGUGCACAACCUGCGGUCUAAGGUCCAGAACCUCCACUUGUGGAACAAUGGUAGGAACCACUUAGUUUUUAAUUUAUAUUCCGGCACGUGGCCCGACUACACUGAGGACCUGGGCUUCGACAUUGGCCAGGCCAUGCUAGCCAAAGCCAGCAUCAGCACGGAAAACUUCCGCCCGAAGUUUGACGUCUCUAUCCCGCUCUUUUCUAAGGAUCACCCGAGGACAGGAGGGGAGAAGGGCUUCCUGAGGUUUAACACCAUCCCUCCUCUCAGGAAGUACAUGUUGGUGUUCAAGGGGAAAAGGUACCUGACUGGGAUAGGGUCCGACACCAGGAAUGCCUUAUAUCAUGUCCAUAAUGGGGAGGAUGUUGUCCUCUUGACCACCUGCAAGCACGGCAAAGACUGGCAGAAGCACAAGGACUCACGGUGCGAUAGGGACAACGCGGAAUAUGAAAAGUAUGAUUAUCGUGAAAUGCUGCACAAUGCCACUUUCUGUCUCGUCCCUCGUGGCCGGAGGCUGGGAUCCUUCAGGUUCCUGGAGGCCCUGCAGGCUGCCUGUGUUCCUGUGAUGCUCAGCAAUGGAUGGGAGCUGCCAUUCUCCGAAGUGAUUGAUUGGAAUCAAGCUGCCGUCAUAGGGGAUGAGAGAUUGUUAUUACAGAUCCCUUCUACAAUCAGGUCUAUCCAUCAGGAUAAAAUCCUAGCACUUAGACAGCAGACACAGUUCUUGUGGGAGGCUUAUUUUUCUUCGGUUGAGAAGAUUGUAUUGACCACGCUAGAGAUUAUUCAAGACAGAAUAUUUAAGCACAUAUCACGUAACAGCUUAAUAUGGAACAAGCACCCCGGAGGGUUAUUUGUACUGCCACAGUAUUCAUCAUAUCUGGGAGAUUUUCCUUACUAUUUUGCUAAUCUAGGCGUCAAGCCCCCAUCCAAAUUCACCGCCGUUAUCCAUGCAGUUACUCCUUUAGUUUCUCAGUCUCAACCUGUGCUGAAACUCCUGGUUGCUGUAGCCAAAUCCCAGUACUGUUCCCAGAUCAUUGUCUUAUGGAAUUGCGAUAAACCCCUCCCUGCCAAGCACCGAUGGCCUGCCACUGCUGUUCCUGUUAUUGUCAUUGAAGGAGAGAGCAAGGUGAUGAGCAGCCGCUUCCUGCCCUACGAGAACAUUGUCACGGAUGCUGUUCUAAGCCUCGAUGAGGAUACGAUGGCGGCUCGAGUUUCCCCGUCCCCUUUUGCCUCUCCCCCCUCCCACCACUGGCGUGGCUUUGCCCAGGGGGACAUUGAUUCCCUCACGGUGAAAAAUGUGCAGCGCCAGAUGUUUACAUUUGCAUGCACAGUUACUCCCAGGCUCAUUGUUAAUUUAUUAUUUUCCCCCUCUCUGUCUCCUGUUAGGUAUGAUUAUCGUGAAAUGCUGCACAAUGCCACUUUCUGUCUCGUCCCUCGUGGCCGGAGGCUGGGAUCCUUCAGGUUCCUGGAGGCCCUGCAGGCUGCCUGUGUUCCUGUGAUGCUCAGCAAUGGAUGGGAGCUACCAUUCUCCGAAGUGAUUGAUUGGAAUCAAGCUGCCGUCAUAGGGGAUGAGAGAUUGUUAUUACAGAUCCCUUCUACAAUCAGGUCUAUCCAUCAGGAUAAAAUCCUAGCACUUAGACAGCAGACACAGUUCUUGUGGGAGGCUUAUUUUUCUUCGGUUGAGAAGAUUGUAUUGACCACGCUAGAGAUUAUUCAAGACAGAAUAUUUAAGCACAUAUCACGUAACAGCUUAAUAUGGAACAAGCACCCCGGAGGGUUAUUUGUACUGCCACAGUAUUCAUCAUAUCUGGGAGAUUUUCCUUACUAUUUUGCUAAUCUAGGCGUCAAGCCCCCAUCCAAAUUCACCGCCGUUAUCCAUGCAGUUACUCCUUUAGUUUCUCAGUCUCAACCUGUGCUGAAACUCCUGGUUGCUGUAGCCAAAUCCCAGUACUGUUCCCAGAUCAUUGUCUUAUGGAAUUGCGAUAAACCCCUCCCUGCCAAGCACCGAUGGCCUGCCACUGCUGUUCCUGUUAUUGUCAUUGAAGGAGAGAGCAAGGUGAUGAGCAGCCGCUUCCUGCCCUACGAGAACAUUGUCACGGAUGCUGUUCUAAGCCUCGAUGAGGAUACGGUGCGUUCGACUUCAGAGGUGGAUUUUGCCUUUACGGUUUGGCAGAGUUUCCCAGAGAGGAUCGUGGGCUACCCUGCCCGCAGCCAUUUUUGGGACAACACUAAGGAGCGGUGGGGCUACACAUCCAAAUGGACUAAUGACUAUUCCAUGGUAUUGACUGGAGCUGCUAUCUACCACAAAUAUUAUCACUACCUGUACACUCAUUUCUUGCCUGCCAGCCUGAAGAACAUGGUGGACCAAUUGGCCAAUUGCGAGGACAUUUUGAUGAACUUUUUAGUGUCGGCUGUGACAAAAUUGCCACCAAUCAAAGUAACACAGAAAAAACAGUAUAAGGAAACCAUGAUGGGACAGACCUCCAGGGCUUCUCGGUGGGCCGACCCAGACCACUUCGCUCAGAGGCAGAGCUGCAUGAACACUUUUGCCAGCUGGUUUGGCUAUAUGCCGCUGACCCAUUCUCAGAUGAGGCUCGACCCCGUGCUCUUUAAAGACCAAGUCUCCAUCCUGAGGAAGAAAUAUCGAGACAUUGAACGACUUUGAGGAGUCCCGCUGAAAGGGGUUGGAGCAGGGGGCGAGAGAGAGAGAGAGGAGGGGUACCGGACUGUUCGCGUAGCCCAGCACAAACCCACCGCUGACUCACGGAGCAAGACUCUCAACCAAGAACAAAACACAAACCCUCUUGACAUGCCAGUGGGAAAAGCCAACUCCAAAGGGGGGGGGGAAGACUCUUUGUGCUGGACUGCUUCAAAACCACCUCACGGGCUGCAGGUCGCUCAAGACUAGGUUGUGUACAGUUUCAUUAUGGAACAUUAAAUAAUUAUUUUUUGAAAUGAUUGCUAUGCAGGUUUAAACUUUUUUAAUGAUAAAAAACCCUAUUAAAAACAGAGUUCUUUCUUUAA